AUGGAACAACCAAAACUCGCAAAAGUUAACAAGGUGCUUGGACGUACGGGUAGCCGUGGAGGAGUCACCCAAGUCAGAGUGGAUUUCAUGGGUGAAGGCGGCUGGGAGGGUCGUGUACUCAUCCGCAACGUCAAGGGACCAGUAAGGGAGGGAGAUAUCCUUGCCUUGUUGGAAACUGAGAGAGAAGCUAGAAGACUGAGGUGA